CGUGAGUUUCCGCUGAGACGUUGCCAGUGUCGCGAUAUAUAAGCCUUAUAAGUGUGUGAGCGAGUACGGUGAAGCCAGUUGUUGCUCGACGUCUGUACAGUGUGCACGUACAAAAUGCAUAAGCUUACUUUGUUCAUCUUGGCGGCAGUGUUUGCCGUGGCCCUCGCAGGACAGUACUAUGUUCCUCGCGCGUACUACACCAUAGACGCUGAGGGUCACGAGUCUGCGCAUGUGCCGCUGCGUCGCCUGCGCCGGUCGCUGCAGCCCUACCCUUACACUUCUAGUGCCCAUGCUACCGCCAACGCCAACGCUGAAUCCGAGGGAGGUAGCGCGACUGCUGAAGCGAAUGCGAAUGCCCGCAGCGGCAACGGCAACUGGGGUGUUCCUUCACAACACUAUGGCGCUUCUAACCCAGGCCUGCUAAGCGCUGGUAUGACGCGGCGUCAGAACGGGCCGGUGUUGGGGAAGUCAGUGGUCGCCAGCACAUCUGUCGGCCUGGACAGCAAUGGACAAGGCUACUACGACCAGACAGCUUCAGUUAACUAAAUAUAACUGCCCUUCGUUUAUUUAAAUAUCGCGUAAGCUAUAUGUGCAACAGGUUUAAUUAAAAGGUAAAUGAAAUGGGUAUAAAAUUGUUAUAAAUGCUAUGAUUUUGUAAUUAUAUAUUAUGUAUGUCGAUCAAUGGUUCCCAAAUAGUGGUUAACAGGUCUAUUGGCCUUUGGACUUGGGUAUCAUUAGGAUAUGGAGGUUCGUUAAAUGUACGUUAAAUGCAUUUCACAAUUUUUCGUGUGACUAAAAAAAAAAGAGAAAAUUACUUAAGUAAACUUUGAAAAAAAAUUUAUCGCGUAGAAAAUGCUUAUCAGACUCAAGGAUUAGACUGUUUGAUUUAUUUAUUAAACAAUUGAAGAUAUUAUUCUUAUUCAAAAAAAAUAAAGAUGGUGGGGUCACAUCGUGCCCCAAGAUCACAUUACUCAUGAGACCGCAAAUAUUUGUUGUCAUUGCAAGAUAUUAAAAUGACAAUAAAUCAUAGAUCGGCAAAGAAACUUAAAUGUCGGCUUAUGUUGUAAAUCUAACUAAUACAAUUAAGUUCACGGUCUUUGUACGAGUAGUUAUCCUAUUUGUAAUCCUUGUUCAUUAUUUCAAAAUUACAAAAAUAUAGGAAUAUAAUUUAAUAGUAUGGAGUAUGGACCAAGGAAUGAACAAUUUUUUUGGGAGAGGACUAGAUGUAUGGUCAUCACCGCUAUUUACUAUCCUUUUCUUUGGCUAGUGCUUGGGUGAGGCGGGAGAAGUGACUAAAAACACCCCGUACAUUCUCCUGCUUUGAGCUGGAGCCCCGGUAACCAGCUAUUUACUAUGCUGGUAAGAAAAUAAACAUUGAUUCAAUACAGUAACCUGAAACAGUUGGUUGGCUACUGAAUCCACCAAUGGCUACAGAAGAUGUGGCUUGAUUUAAAACUGUAUAAUUUAGUAUAGUAGUUACUGUCUCUGUACUAAGUCAAUCUUUAUUUUCUUACUUACGUUUACGCGACCUAUCUUUUCGUGCUAGACUAGAACUUACAAUAUUUCGAAACUAGUUACAUUAGAGGAAAAAUAAACAGUCAUGAAGGUUGUAAAACGUUGUUCCUUAGUUAUCUUUAGAUAAUAGGGGCUCCAUGUUAGUGAAGAUUAGAUAUGAGUUACAAAACCUGUAUUAAACUUAUAGCUUACGCAAUUGUUGUUAAUACCAAAUUGUAUAAUGGAACACUAUCUAUUUAUCUACGUCUGUCAUAACAAAUGACAAAUUGUUUACCAAUAUUGUACCUACUUUGUCAUUUCGUUAGAAUAACUAUUGUUUAACUUUCUUGUUAUAUUCUUAAGUUAUUUUUUUAAUGUGCAAUAAAUAGGAAUAAUUUAUAUUAAUUUAUGUUUCAGGAUGGUUUAAGUUGUAAAUAAAAUAUUAAAAUC